CCGCGCGGCCGCGCAUGCGAGCUGCUGUUUUGCCGCCAUCUUGGCUGGACGGAGCUGCCUGCCGCCGCCACUAAACAAACCCGAAGCUACCCGGGCUCUGCCGCUGAGGAGCCUUUAGAUGUUCCCGGAACGGCCGGGCAGGGAGGUUGAGCUCUGUGGGAGCACAAAGACAGAAAAAGAAUGCCUGUUGUGUGGCCAACCCUUCUGGAUCUCAGCAGGGAUGAAUGCAAGAGGAUUCUUCGCAAACUGGAACUGGAGGCAUAUGCUGGAGUUAUCAGUGCCUUGCGUGCACAGGGGGACCUUACCAAGGGAUAAGAAAGACCUUCUUGGAGAACUCUCCAAAGUGCUUAGCAUUUCAACUGAGCGCCAUCGUGCUGAAGUUCGGAGAGCCGUAAAUGAUGAACGGCUAACAACUAUUGCGCAUAAUAUGUCUGGACCGAACAGCUCUUCAGAAUGGUCUAUAGAAGGUCGUCGACUGGUGCCGCUGAUGCCACGGCUGGUUCCACAAACAGCCUUUACUGUAACAGCUAAUGCUGUUGCCAAUGCAGCUAUUCAGCACAAUUCAUCUCUUCCAGUUCCUGCAGAAACUGGGAACAAAGAAGUGGUGGUUUGCUAUUCCUACACAAGUACCACUUCAACCCCAACAUCUACCCCUGUUCCAAGUGGCAGUGUAGCAACAGUGAAGUCCCCCAGACCUGCCAGUCCAGCCUCCAAUGUAGUCGUCUUGCCAAGUGGAAGUACUGUUUACGUCAAAAGUGUCAGCUGCUCAGAUGAUGAUGAAAAGCCCCGUAAAAGGCGACGAACUAACUCUUCUAGUUCCUCCCCUGUUCUUCUGAAAGAAGUCCCGAAGGCUGUCACUCCUGUCACUAAAACUAUCACGGUGCCUGUAAGUGGCAGCCCCAAGAUGAGUAAUAUCAUGCAGAGCAUUGCCAACUCCUUACCGCCACACAUGUCUCCUGUGAAAAUAACGUUCACUAAACCCUCAACACAGACGACAAACACCACAACACAGAAGGUGAUCAUAGUAACCACCUCUCCAAGUUCAACAUUUGUACCCAACAUUCUCUCCAAGUCUCACAACUACGCAGCAGUCACUAAACUUGUUCCAACAUCUGUCAUUGCCUCAACUACUCAGAAGCAACCAGUGGUUAUAACAGCUUCUCAGUCCUCUUUGGUCAGUAGCAGCAGUAGCGGCAGCAACUGUUCCACUCCCUCUUCCACUCCAAAUACCAUUGCUGUGACUGCUGUGGUGUCAUCAACGCCAUCAGUGGUUAUGUCAACGGUAGCACAAGGUGUGUCCACGUCAGCGAUUAAAGUUGCAUCCACCAGACUACCUUCCCCAAAAAGCUUGGUGGGGACCCCAACCCAGAUUCUAACACAGUUUCCCAAACAGCAUCAGCAGACCCCAAAACAGCAGCUGCAUCAAAUACAACAGACCCAGCAGCAGCUGUCACAGUCUUCUCCUGUAGCACAUCAGCAGCAAUCACAACAGUGUCAGUUGCCACCUGGCAUCAAGCCCACCAUUCAGAUCAAACAAGAAUCAGGUGUUAAAAUUAUCACUCAACAGGUGCAACCCAGUAAAAUCCUACCCAAACCAGUUACAGCGACUUUGCCCAGCAGUAGCAAUUCACCUAUUAUGGUGGUUAGCAGUAAUGGGACUAUCAUGACAACUAAACUGGUCACUACUCCCACUGGGACACAAGCAACAUAUACUCGUCCAACGGUAAGCCCCUCUAUUGGGGCUCGGAUGGCUGGAACUCCAGGCGCUGCCACUUAUGUGAAAACAACCAGUGGCAGCAUCAUUACUGUAGUGCCAAAAUCGCUGGCUACACUGGGAGGCAAGAUUAUAAGCAGUAAUAUUGUUUCUGGAACUACAACCAAAAUUACAACAAUCCCAAUGACAUCCAAGCCCAAUGUGAUUGUUGUGCAAAAGACUACUGGAAAAGGAACAACUAUUCAAGGACUUCCAGGCAAAAAUGUUGUUACAACAUUGUUAAAUGCUGGGGGAGAGAAAACUAUUCAAGCAGUGCCAGCAGGAGCAAAACCUGCCAUCAUCACUGCAACCAGACCCAUCACAAAAAUGAUUGUCACACAGCCGAAAGGAAUAGGAUCUACUGUCCAGCCAGCCACCAAAAUCAUCCCAACCAAAAUUGUUUAUGGGCAGCAAGGGAAAACACAGGUUCUCAUAAAACCAAAGCCAGUGACAUUUCAAGCUACGGUUGUGAGUGAGCAGACAAGGCAGUUGGUAACUGAAACAUUGCAGCAGGCAUCCAGGGUGGCAGAGGCAGGAAACGCCUCUCUCUCAGAAGUGAAAGAAGAACCACAGAGCUACACUGAUAGCAGCUCCUCUUCUACAGAGUCCUCCCAGAGCUCCCAGGAUUCCCAGCCUGUCGUUCACGUGAUCGCGUCUAGAAGUCAGGAUUGGUCAGAACAUGAAAUUGCUGUGGACACCAGCCCCACAAUAAUUUAUCAAGAUGUAUCCAAUGAAUCGCAAUCAGCUACUUCUACAAUAAAAGCACUGCUGGAACUUCAGCAGACAACAGCAGUGAAGGAGAAGUUAGAAUCAAAACCAAGACAACCUACCAUUGACCUGAGCCAAAUGGCAGUUCCUAUUCAGAUGACUCAGGAGAAGAGGCAUUCUCCAGAAAGCCCUUCCAUUGCUGUGGUAGAAUCAGAAUUAGUUGCUGAAUAUAUCACAACUGACUCAGGAAGACAACUCUGUAUUGGUUCACAUUCGGAAGAAUUUCUUCACAACCAUAUAGUCAGUCAUCGGGCUCAGCCCCACCAGCCAUCAUCCCAGCCCCAGAGGACUCUGCUGCAGCAUGUGGCUCAGUCGCAGACAGCAACACAGACUUCUGUUGUGGUGAAAUCUAUCCCUGCAUCUUCCACAGGCGCAAUUACCCAUAUCAUGCAGCAGGCUUUAAGCAGCCACACUGCAUUUACCAAACACAGUGAACAGCUUGGAACUGAGGAAGGAGAAGUGGAAGAGAUGGAUACCCUAGAUCCUCAGACUGGUCUAUUUUACAGAUCUGCCCUGACGCAGUCACAGGCACAAAAACAGCAGAAACUGAGUCAGCCACAGCUGGAACAGACUCAACUGCAAGUGAAAACUCUGCAGUGCUUCCAGACUAAACAAAAGCAAACCAUCCACCUGCAGGCUGAUCAGAUCCAGCACAAACUCCCACAAAUGCCCCAGCUUUCUAUCCGGCAUCAAAAGCUAACCCCACUUCAGCAAGAGCAAGCACAGACCAAACCAGAUGCACAGCACACCCCACACCACAUGAUGGCCAAAGAAAGGCAACUCCCUACCUUAGUGGCACAGCCACAGCAAACUGUAGUACAGGUGCUUGCAGUAAAAACCACGCAGCAGCUGCCCAAACUGCAACAGGCACCAACGGCACAAAAAAUCUACGUGCAACCCCAACCCCCCCAGAGUCAAUUGCAGCUACCUGCCUCUUCAGAGAAACAGCCCGCAAGCCAGGUGCAGCAGCCAAUUAUAACUCAAGGAUCCACUGUUACAAAGAUAACUUUUGAGGGGCGACAGCCUCCUACUGUUUCAAAGGUAGCAGGCGGCAAUUCUGUGCCCAAACUGGCAUCGCCAGUUACAAGCCUAUUACCCAUGCAGGCAUCUGUGAAGACAGCAGUAGCAGACAUUUUGAAAAUGUCUAUGAUGGAAGCUCAGAUUGACACAAACAUAGAACAUAUGGUAGUGGAUCCCCCAAACAAAGCCAUGUCCACUAGUAAACUCGCUAGUGAAGCAGAAUCAUCACCUUGUAUCCAGGUGCCAAGGGUGACUGCAGUAGGGAUGACGGCAACUUCCAUCUCUCAGCAACUGAAAUGUAAAGAGUCCUGUUCAAGUCCUCCUGCUGCUGAUCCUGCUUUAACAGAGAAGAAAGUGGAUGCACAAGGAGUGCCUUCAACAAACCAGUUUAUACACAUUCAGAAUAUAUCCCAAAAGAAAGCUGAAGAGAUUUCAUCUGAAAUUAUUAUCCAGACUAUCCCUCAAUACUCCAUCCCUUGUCACUCCAGCUCCAAUGUGGUAGUGGAACCCAGUGGGCUCCUGGAGCUCAAUAACUUUACUAGUCAACGUCUUGAUGAUGAGGAGACAGCAAUGGAACAAGAUGUGGACAGCAGUACUGAGGAAGGCACUGAGCCCAGCCCCUCUCAAAGUUCUGCUGAACAAUCCUAAUGAAUUGGGACACUGGAGUGCACUUUAAAUUCAUCUUGGCAAUUGAGUGUCCAAGAUGCCGUUGUAUUGUGAUGUAUUAGAGCACUUUGCCUAUUAGAGUUGUUCAUUGGACCCUUGAAGCAUCCGUGUGUUUUAACAAGACAGUAUUGCAGAAACGACAUCUUAAAAUUGUUUCAAAAAAGAUGGUUACCAAGAUACAUUAACCUGUGAUGGUUACCAAGAUACAUUAACCUGUGACAGUGGAAUGUAUGUCUUAAAAAAAAAAAGGGGGGGGGGGCAAAGCUAUAGUGAAUUGAAAAGAUUGAGUAGAAGUUCUUGCUAUGAAGCUCUUGACCAGAUACUGAAACUUUUCAGUAAAAAGGGACCUUUUACUUUGCUGUGUCUUUCUUUUUGUAGCUAUAGAGCAAAACACCAUCACAAAGAAUGUUUAGUAGAUAUUUGUAUUUUUAAAUAGCAUGUGAGAUAAAAGGUGUCUCUGACAGUACUGGAAAAGCCCCAGGAAUUUCUGAAUUGGUUAGCUUUCUUGCACUUGAGCUCAAUUAAUGUUCAUAUUUUUAAUAAGCGUAAAAUAUAGUUUAUUUUUUUUAAUCGUUGGUGAAUGUUUGGACAUAAGCAAAAUCACUAACAGGUAACAUGGUUUGGUGGAUUUUGUUUUCUUAUAUUACAAGAAAUAUGCUAAUUUAAUGUGCAAAACAUUUCUUUGUGCCACAAGCACAUGAAAUGCCCAUUUAGUCUAAUUAACCUCUGAUAAUUUAUUUAAAUCCAGUGAUUUAAAACCAGGCCAAUUUGCUUAACUAGUUCCUGUUAAACAGGCAGAUGUUUUCAUUCUAAUGCUGUGGGGUAGCAGAAAUGUAUUCUGGUUUAAAACAAAUGUUCAGAGUUUGGAAAUAUUUGGUUCAUUAUCUCAUAACUUCAGCCUGCUGUAUUCAGAUGCAAGCUGAGGCUUUUAAAAAUCUAUAUUUUACUCUUACAUGCUGUUUUUAAAAUGACCAUUUGGGGGGUUUAAAAGCUUAAAUUGAUUAGUUGUAUGUUUCAGAGGUAAUCCUCAGCCUUAUGACUUGACUUGUUCAAGCAAUAUGUUGGGUUUUUAUGAUUGUUACAAGCCACGGAGAGAGAUUUGGGUGCAGGUGGAAUGACGAGAGGCCGUUUUAAUACAUUCUGGUAAUGAAGACAAUACUUUUCUUUUUUUAAAACAAUGUAUAUAGAAAAGUUUUUUAACCAUUUUGUAUAGAUUUCAUUAUAAAUAACUAAGCAUUUUAAGACUUUGACAUCUCAUUCAAUUGUACAUACAUCUAUCAGCAUAACUGCCCAUUUUUUGGUGCUGAAGUACUACUGUAAGUAUAAUUCAUCCAAAGUAUAAUACAGGUUUUGUGUCAGUCUUUUUUCAGAUGUGAUUUUACUGUUGAUAUUGUAGUUUUUUAAAUUCCAACUGAAGAAACGCUCAUCAGACUAACAUACAGAACCUAAAAAGCUGAACAUAUUUGUCCUGAACAUCUAUGUACGUAACAACACUGCAGUCUCCUGUAGGUGGUGCUGUUGGUUCUCCUUUUAGCCUCUGUUAGCAGUUACUUCAUUUAUAAAGUCCUUGUGACUUUCAUUUUUAUGUUUGUUUUGUCUGUUAAUUAUAAGCCUAAAUGGCAAAGAGAA